AUGGCAUUGUUGUGGGGUGAUAGCAAGUGUCCUUUGGCAUCUACCGGUAAAAUGCAGGGUACUUCAGAUGGUGACGAAGAGAAUCCAAACGGCAGCUCUUCGAGCAAAAGACGGAGACGGAAUCGGCAGCCAGCUGGUGAGGAUGCUGCUCCAACUCUACCUGCUCCUGAUCAAGCCAAUGCCAAUGCCAAUGCCAAUGCUACGCCCUUUUCAUUUUUGACUCCUGCCACCACCAACAAGAAGGCAGCCCAAGAAUCCCGUGAACUGGACAAGGCAGAAGCGUUGGCUCUGCAAUGCAACCAGCUCAAGUUGCAGUUCCAAGAUGCUCCUUCGGUCAUGCAGGUUACAUGCUCCAAGGUGAACGGUAUCAUGGACAAGGUCGAUGCCAGAUUGAAGGAUUCUACGGAGGUCAAUUGUGAAACGGUUCGACGUGACGGCAGCGGUUGUCGAGCAGAAAGAGUAUGGCAGAAUUUGAAGGACUCGAAGUCUUUCUUGGAAGCAGCUUUGGAGAUGGUCGAAGCUCUGCACGAUAAAGAGGCUUCACCAGAGACAAUGACUAUGAAGGUGCAAACACUCAAGUCUAUGGGAGUGUCACUGCCCGUGGUUGUCCAAUCUUCAAUCUUGAGUCGUCGCGCUGAGUCUAUGCUUGAGAGUGGCAAGGUAGCGGAAAUCUUUGAGAUGCCUCACUACAAGAAUGGUCAAAGCACCAAUGAUUCUGAUGCUGGGAUCAACGCCGUUGUUCCAAGCAAAGAGAACGAGGAGACGCGAAACAAGAUCAUCAGUGACUUUCAAGCCGCAUGCGUGACGCGCCUGAUCAACACCAUCUUCCUGAAGCAGUUCAAGGUGGAGUCUGGGUCCACAGAUGACGGCGCCGCCAGGAAGAAAUUCAUGGACGAGAUGCUUGAGAAGCUGCUGUCGUUGGUGAAGGCUUUCCAGAACUCAGUCAUUUUUGAUACUAUGGUCGAGAAGCUUGAAGCAGCAAAGCAGAAUCUUCUGAAGCCAAAGGGCUCGUUCCAAUCCGGUAUGACCAUCUAUCCUACGGGCUCGUAUCUCUCGGAGCAGGUCGCCCAAGUGAUUGGGCAAUUUCAGCAGGAUCAGAUGUUGAGGAGUGACAUGCAGUCGGCAGACGAAACAGCUGCUAUUUGGAAAACCGAAACCAUUACAAAGGACUUGAUCUUGAAGUCAAAGGACGAUGACCAUGAGUUCUGCAUACCCAUGCAGAGCAAAUUCUACGACAUGGUUGCCAAGCUUCAGCUUUACAAGGAGUCUGCUUCAGAUAGGCUGAAGGCUACAGACAAGAGCCUUGAGGUCGUCAACAGGAUUGAUGGUCUUGUGGAUCAAAUGCAAAGUGCAGUGACUGCAGCAGUGGCCUUCAAGAGCACACAGAAGUUCCCCAAGCUGCUCGAGUCAUUUGCUUCCUUGGCCGACGGUAAGAUGGAUGAAGAGAAUGCGGCGAACUUCAUCCAAACCUUGAAUGGAGUGGUGACAUAUCAGCCUUUGCGCAAGGUGGCGUUGGCAAAGCUUUUGGGGAAGGACGGGGCAUCUCCUCUUGAGAAAGAGACUGCGUCGAUUGGGAGGUUGAUAGCGUGCAUCAAAGAUGCUCUACUCAAGCUUCGCCUGUUGCAUGGUCCUUCAAUCUCAGAAAGCCUCUUGAUGGACGAGCACAUCAAGAGCCUCUUUGCAAGUAUUCAUGAUGAUGAUUUGGUGAAUGCCUUCAAGAAGAUCGUGCCCACUUGGUCUGAGAUCAUUGAACGAGUGGAUGGACUCAUUCAAGGGGCAGAGGCUGAGUUCGACUACUCGAAGCUCUGCGUCGCGUACGUGUCCCACACGCCUGAGAGCACCAUUGAGCUUCCCAAGGUCGAGGACGGGGAAAAGACUGUGCGAGUUCAUUUGUCCUUCCUCGCAGUGGCUGGCUGUCUUCUACACCUUUCCAAAGUCAUGCUGGCGAUCAAGGGAACAUUGGAAGAAGCUGAUCAGCUUGGGGCCAUCAGCGAGCCCAUCACCAAAGAGCGCAAGGGCAUAAAGGAGAACGGACAAAUUGUCACCAACAAAAUGGAUGUUUUUGUGAAGCUGUGCCCGUUCUUUGCUCAAAUGGAGAAGAUGGUCAUGACUUACCAGGACUUGGUUUCCAAAGUCCGCAAUGACACGCCUUUCUUGGAGCAGGAGAAGGACUUCUACACGAGUGCUGCCAAGACUUUUAGAAAGUUCCUGUUACAAGGCCUUCGGGACAGCAGCAAUGAGCUUUCGAACAUUGGCAAUGCCUUGUCCACACUCUUUGCUGAAGUUGAUGGUGCGCGCAAGAUCCUGAAUCUUUUUCAAUCAGAUCCACUAGACCGUGAUCGUGUCGCAGAUUUGGUGAAAGAUGACCGUGUGAAGCUCAUGCUGUUGAUGGGAACCAAAGCCAGUGCGUUCUCAAAACAGUUGAAAGAGCUUGUGACCGCCAUGACGUCUUUGCCAAAGGGAUCAUUGCUCACAGAGACUUUGCAGAAAAUGGUCACUGCUGCUGCAGAUGAUCUGACCAAAUUCAGUGGUGCUCAGAAUCCUCAGCGCAUGGUGGAAGAGAAGGAGAUGGUGACGUUGGGAAAUUUUUCGUGGUUUCAAUCCUCCAUGACCUUAGCGCAGUGCCUCACCCGGAAUUUAUACCCAAGUGAAACCCGAGUAGGCCUGGCGUCCAAAUGCCUGGUCCUUCUUCAGAAGAAAGGCGUGCAAAGUGAAGGAGCCUUACAGCGCCGCGUUGCGGCACUCAAAGCCGGCAAAUGA